AUGCAACCGGAGGUUGUGGAGAACGGCCACGAGGCCAAUGGAAAUGGGAUUGUCGUCCAGAAGAGGCCUACAGUGGCCAGUACACCAUCGACGGUGACUCGAACGCGGUCUAGCAUGUCGACCAUGGCGUCUUCUUUCUCGACCAUCCGCUCGCUGGCUUUCCAAGACAACGGGGAUCGGCUCUUCAAGUAUGGCUCGCCGCUGGAAGUCUCCGAUAGCGACGUACUCGACACAUUUGACACGGUGGAAGAAGCGCUUGAUGCCAUUGCAGCAGAGCGUCUACGCCAUAUGCCUCAUGAUGGUAGUAUGCUGGAUAGGAUCUUCAAGUGGGCGACACAUGUCGUCGGUCAUAUCAAUGAACUCUCCAAGGCGGUCGAGCCAUUUGUCCCGAAUGCCGCGGAUACAGCGAGGAUGUGCUGGAGCAAUUGUCUGCUCCUUCUUCAGAUCGGCCCUGAUCAAUCGUCCGCCCUGUGGAAACCCUUCCGCGUGUUCCAAGAACUCGUCCUUGAGCUGGCCCGCUUCAUCAAUCAAUCCGCUCUGAUCACCUCGAUCCCUGGCAUCCAGGGCGAGAUUGCUGGCGCUUACAUGGACCUCGUGGAGCUGAUCUCAGCUGCGGCCAUGGACUACUACCGGAGUAGUAGGGGGUCCCUGAUGAUCAACGCUUCCGAAUUCGAUGUACGAUUCAGCCAUCACGUCAAGGCGUUUUAUGCUCGAAAGACCAAGCUCACUGAGCUGAUGUGGUCCACGACCUGCAUUCUACAAAGCACCGAUGUCAAGAGCAUCAAGGACUUUCUCUCUUUCCAGGAUGUCGCAGUUCCCACUACCAUUGCGAGUCGCCGCCCAGUCUACGCGGAGUUCACCUGCGACUGGUUUGCAGGCCAUUUGUCCCAGAUGAGAGUGCGGAACAAUGGGCUUUCCGUGAUCACGGGGGGUCCAGGGUCUGGUAAAACAGUUCUGUCUCAAUGGAUCAUUGAUCACUUGCAGACCAACGUCGAUGAUGAGGUUGAUGUCAUUUCCUAUCGCGUCUAUGAAGAUAUUGCAUCCACCGCGUCGGGAAUCGCCGUGGUCAAAGGGCUCCUACUCCAGGUCCUGGAUCGACAGAUUGGAAACGAGCCUCUACUGCAAGCCAUUGACAAAGCCAGGCAGCUCUCCUCGGGCAAUGCCUCUGCCCUUGAGAUCGAAGAGGCACUCUGGAGUGCGCUGCGCGUAGGCGUAAAGGACGCCAACCAGCUUGUGAUAGUCAUUGAUGGCAUCAGCGGUGUCAUGGAAGAUGCCGAUAUGGGGUCUAGGACCCUUCAACAGCUGAGUGGCCUGACUUUGCAGUCUCCACAUGUCAAAUCGAUUGUCUUGUCACGGCCUCUGAAGAAGUCUCUGCCGCAACGCACUUUCCAGUUCUCUCUCGAGCCGGCGCAUGUCAAGAACGAUAUCCGCACGGUGAUUCUCGACACCAUGAGCUCCACAGCACCUUUCAGCGGUCUCAAGCCUGAUGAGCGUGUCUCUAUCGCCGAUGCCCUUAUCAACCGAUGUGAUAGCUCUUUCCUCUGGCCACAAUUGGUUCUCCACAUUGCAAAGCAACAGCGCACUGUUGGCGAUCUUCUGUCUGUGGUGCAAACCGCGCCCACCACAUUGAGCGAGAUCAUCGAGCAGGUCGUGUCGCACCUCGACCUGAAAGACUCUACAGCCCGAUCUACCUUGGCGUGGUUGCUAGCUGGACAGCGUCCCCUCUUCGUCCAUGAAGUCCGCGCGCUUCUGGAAACCGACACGAAGAAGGUCGAACAUGUGCAUCGGGUUGGACCAGUGCAAGAGGAUAUCCUCCAAUCUCUCGGGUCCCUUGUCACCAUCAAAGAUGGCAUUGUCUCCUUCAAGCACUCCGUGUACCGUUACUACCUGCUCGGUAUGGCGGGCGCCGUAGCCGACUUUUCGAAUGCUGGAAAAUUUCCUUUCCACAUCAAGGAAGCGCAUUAUGACCUGGUCAUUCGAUCGCUUGCUUAUGUCAAAUGCAACGUUCAAGAUGAGGUCGAGGUGUCUGUGACCCCCCUGUCCGCGUCGACAAUGGCCUACUUCUUCAAGAAGUACGACUUGCUUGAAUAUGCCGCGCGCUACUGGACGUUCCAUUUUCUGGCUUCCCCGAUGGCGGAAGGAGAAGAGUACAAACUAAGCUCGACCUUCAAACAAUGCAUAUCCGACUCUGUCCUCAUGGCUCUUCUGGAGGGGUCCUGUCUCAGAUCGCAGUACAUCCCCCAGCAAGCAGAGCGACUGCAGGUGGCUGCAUUCAGAGUGCGCAAGUUGGUCUUUGGCACAAGCAGUCCAGCGGUUAUACAAGCUCUUAUCUUUGAGAGUCUUUUGGCCUCCAGCCUUCGGCUCAAGGGAAGCCUGGAGUAUGCUUACGAGGUCUGGGCGAUGGGCUUGAAGACCUUCGGUCACAGCAAUCUUGUGGUCAAAGCCUGCGCAGAGCUCUUUGUAGAAAUCCUGGAGACCAUCACUGAAGUUACUGAAACAGUGCUCGUCCACAAGGAACAGAUCCUGCUUUACUUGGUUGAGAUGGCCAAAGAAGACCGCGGGUCUUCCCACGAGGUCACUAUCAGGUAUUCCCGAAUGCUAGUCCAGCUCUACAUCGACAUCAAGCAGACAGAAAAGGCGACCCGUAUUUGCAAAGAGCUCUACGACGUCACUGUCUCGCGGUACGGACAGUCCUCUUCGGAAACUGCAGAGAUCGGAACUCUUCUCUUCGAACAGUUGCAUUACUUGUCAGAGUCAGAGACGGCGAAGAAAAUCAUCGAAACGAGCCACGAGUAUACGAUCAAGAACCUGGAUAUUACAGACCAGCGGCGUAUCGACUACACUCUGUCGGUAGUGGAGAUGUACGAGAAACGAGGAGACAUCACCAAAGCCGAAGCUGCAUUUUUUGAGUUGUGGCAAGAGCUGUCCCGGGUCGAGUCCAUCUCUGAAGAUAUCGUCCUGAAACAGAUCAAUAUUGCGCUAGCCUACUCCGAGUUCCUCGUUCGGCACUCGUCAAGAGACGAGGCCGAGAACAUUGUCACGGCUUUGUGGACGUCGAUCGAACGUCGUCAAGUGUUCAGGCUGGACCAGGUCGUGACAUGGGCACAGAAGAUCAGCGCGCAUAUGACCAAGAUGCGGUGGUAUUCGCUGGCUCAAUCCACUCUGACUACGGUCCUGAAAAGAUGCCAGAUGUCCGAGGAGAGCUCGUCUGUGGAAAAGAUUACAGAAUCUCUGAUAGACUCAGUCCAGGAGAUUGUGGAGGAAACGACGGAGACCGAGACGGAGACGACCACCGUCGUUGCUAAACGUAAGAAGAUUGAGUUUUCACGCGAGGCUUUCGAGAUGGCCAUGUCGUCCAAGAAAACAUCCAAGGAGGUCUCUGUGGCCACCAUCAAGACCGCCGAAACACUGGUAACCUCCUACGUGGAAGAAAAAGCGUGGGACGAGUCCAUCCGUGUUAGCCGGCGUCUUCUUGAGCGGCAAUGGAAGGGCAUUGAAACCGGCAAUACAGUGAUCACGCUCACCAAGGGUGUCAAGGAGACCGUCACAGUCGCACUCAACCUUGCAACGUCUUACUUCGAAACGCUGCAGGUCGAAAAGGCCACGCUUAUCUAUGAGAAUGUCUUCCACUCGCUGCUGCUCUCCGUAGAUGUAGAUCACGAACUGGUGACACAUACCCUGAGAGCAGCGGUCGAGUUCUUCGAAAAGACCUACCAGUUUACUCGGGCGAUCGCCCUCUACUGGGAUUAUAUCUCUGCGAUUGAGACUGUCCAUGGACAGGACGACCAUCUCGUCAUCGAGAUAAGCUACACGCUUGCCGAUCUAGCGAUGCGCUGUCACCAGAGCGAAGAAGCCGAAAAGGCCUUCCGGCACAUUUAUACCGUCUUCAACCACGAGGGCCACCUCCACCAGGAUGGAAUUGAGGCAGCUCACGGCCUUUGCAAGCUGUACAUGGAGCAGCAACGCUGGGAGGAGGCGCUGGAUGUGUAUGCAGUUCUGUGGGAUGCCGUCACCAAGCACGCCAAGGAGCUCCAGCUCGAGGCCGAAUACAUUGAGGAGAUAUACGAGAGCUAUGUCUAUCUCCUCGAGACGAAGUUGCAUGUCGAAGCCACCAUCAUCCGCGACCUUGCUUACAACUAUCGCGAGACGUGCAUUGCGCUUUAUGGCCAUGAAUCCAUUAUGACCUACAAGGCGACGGGUGCGGCUUGCAGAGGUGAGCCGGACAAUCGAGCAGUAUCAUGA